CGUGCAUAGCAGUCAGACAAAGCGAGAAAGGCAACAAGAGAAUCAGGGGCGCACAGCGAGAGGAAGAGAUAUAGAGAGAGAGAGAGAGGGAGAGGCAGUAGGGAGGAAAAAGCCCCCUUUUGUUAAUUGUGCCUUCAUUCCACACACGCACCCAACUCCUUAAUUCCAGAGAGAGACCUCUUUUCUUCCUUUGAUCGCCUGGGUGUUCACGAUCUUCAUCGCUUUGCUUUUAACUCGCUACCCAGAUCUCUCCUGUUUCAGAAUCUGAUUCCAAUCAUACCUGUGGAUAAUCGGCGUUGUGUUUGUUUGAUAAGAGGGUGGGACUCGGAUUUACAUAGUUAAAAUAGAAAGGAAGGGGUGCUGUUAUAUUUGGGUUUGGUUUUUGCUGAGAUUGUGUUGAGGGAAAUGGUGCUUGCCUCAAUGGUGUUGUGUUGAAGUAUUAUGGAUGUUGUCAUUACACGCUUACAAAGAGCAAAAUAACAUGUCGCUUUACAUUAAUCGCGAGGCCUCAAAGCUAUGGAAGAGAAUUUGCGCGGAGACAACCACAGAGAUCAACCUUCUUGCAGAGAAUUGGAAAUACAUUCUCGGCGGUCUCAUUUGUCAGUACUUGCAUGGUCUAGCUGCCCGAGGAGUUCACUAUUUUCAUAAGCCUGGCCCUACUCUUCAGGAUGUUGGAUUCUUCCUUCUACCGGAGCUUGGGCAAGACAAAGCCUACAUCAGCGAAACAUUAUUCACCUUCAUUUUUUUAUCCUUCGUCCUGUGGACAUUUCAUCCUUUCAUUUUGAAGAGCAAGAAGAUCUAUACAGUUCUAAUAUGGUGCAGGGUUCUAGCAUUCUUAGUUGCUUCUCAAUUUCUUCGUAUUAUCACAUUUUAUUCAACACAGCUUCCGGGUCCAAAUUACCAUUGCCGAGAGGGCUCAAGACUUGCCACGCUGCCUUCUCCAAAGAGUGUCUUAGAAGUUCUCUUGAUUAAUUUUCCCCACGGUGUGAUAUAUGGAUGUGGUGAUUUGAUAUUCUCAUCACACAUGAUCUUUACUCUAGUCUUUGUGCUGACGUAUCAGAGAUAUGGCACAAGAAGGUGUAUUAAGCAGCUAGGUUUCGUCCUUGCUAUGAUUCAGAGUCUCUUGAUAAUAGCAUCUCGCAAACAUUACACCGUUGAUGUAGUUGUUGCCUGGUACACUGUUAAUUUGGUGGUAUUUUUUGUUGAGAAGAAAUUGCCAGAGUUACCGGACCGGUCCAACGCUGCAGCAGCCCUGUUGCUUCCAUUGAGCAACAAAGACAGAGAUGUCCGGACCAAGGAAGAGAACCACAAGCUAUUGAAUGGGAAUUCUGUGGAUCCUGCAGACAGGAGGCAGAGAACUCAAUUAAAUGGCAAGAUUCUGGAGGAUGUUAAUACACACCUUGCUGACUCUGCGAUGAAUGGUGCAUAAUAGGAUAAUAGGGAGCCUUCUGCUUUCAGAAAUGGGUUCUACGGCAAGACUUUGCUGUAGGAAAAGCUACAACCUUGUUCGAUUGAGGAUUUAGUUAAUUGUGAGAUGUCCUGUUUUAAUUCAAAUCAGUAGGGCUAAUUUGUAUUAGUGAAAUUUUAAUUGGGUUGUGCUUUUUACCCAUCGUGUUCCCCAGUUAAAUUAUUUAUAGCAUCAGCAUGUGCCAUAGGAAUUUUCCCCCAAAUCCUCUCUGUCUCCUCCAUAAUGUUUUUGUGGCCCCAUGUGCCUAGUCUGCUCUUCAUUUUCUACUUUUGGUUCUUUUUGCCUUUUGCAGUCACAUGGGGAACUAAUGAUGAGGACAAUGUAAUAGGGCUUUUAAUGUAAAGAGCAAUUUCUUUUCCUA